CUUUGACUCUGCUUUGUUGCAGGUUAACGAAGCCCUUGUCGUUUGCCGACUGUGUUGGGGAUGAGCUGCCCUGGGGCUGGGAAGCCGGCUUCGACCCUCAGAUUGGUGUCUACUACAUCGAUCACAUAAAUAAAACCACACAGAUUGAAGACCCCAGAAAACAAUGGCGGGGGGAACAGGAGAAGAUGCUCAAGGACUAUCUCUCGGUGGCUCAGGACGCCCUUCGGACACAGAAGGAGCUGUACCACGUGAAGGAGCAGAGACUGGCUCUGGCGCUGGAUGAAUACGUCCGGUUAAACGAUGCCUACAAGGAAAAGUCGAGCUCUCGCACCAGCUUAUUCUCAGGAUCUUCGUCCAGUACUAAAUAUGACCCUGAUAUUUUAAAAGCUGAGAUCUCCACUACACGAUUAAGGGUUAAAAAGCUGAAGCGAGAGCUCUCACAGAUGAAGCAAGAAUUGCUCUAUAAAGAACAAGGCUUUGCAACCUUAAAACAAAUUGAUAAAAAAAUGUCUGGAGGCCAGAGUGGCUAUGAACUUAGUGAAGCCAAAGCCAUUCUAACUGAACUGAAAUCUAUCAGAAAGGCUAUUAGCUCUGGAGAAAAAGAAAAACAGGAUCUGAUGCAGAGUCUUGCGAAGCUGCAGGAGCGGUUUCAUUUGGAUCAGAGCAUUGGCAGAUCUGAGCCGGACUUGAGAUCCAGUCCUGUGAACUCUCAUCUGUCUCUCUCCAGACAGACCCUGGAUGCUGGGUCACAAACAAGCAUUUCUGGAGAUAUUGGAGUGAGAACUAGAUCAAAUUUAGCUGAGAAGGUCAGGCUGAGCCUCCAGUACGAAGAAGCCAAAAGAAGUAUGGCCAACUUGAAAAUUGAACUGUCAAAGCUGGACAGUGAGGCCUGGCCUGGGGCGCUGGACGUUGAGAGGGAGAAGCUGAUGCUGAUCCGUGAGAAGGAGGAACUUGUGAAAGAGCUGCAGUUUGUCACCCCGCAGAGACGCACUCGAGAGGAGCUGGAGAGCCUGGAGGCCGAGAGGCAGCGGCUGGAGGAGGAGCUGCUGUCGGUGCGGGGGGCACCGAGCCGAGCUCUGGCCGAGAGAUUGAAAUUGGAAGAGCGAAGAAAAGAGCUGCUACAAAAACUUGAAGAAACUACUAAAUUAACUACAUAUUUGCAUUCACAACUUAAAAACCUCUCCGCCAGCACCCUGUCCAUGUCCUCCGGGAGCAGCCUGGGCUCCCUGGCCUCCAGCCGCGGCUCUCUGAACACGUCCAGCAGAGGGUCGCUCAGUUCCCUCAGUUCCAGCGAGCUCUACUACAGCAGUCAGGGGGACCAGCUGGACGCGGAUUAUCAGUGCAAACUGGACUUCCUCCUGCAGGAGAAAGGUGGCUACAUCCCUUCCGGACCCAUCACCACCAUCCACGAACAUGAAGUGGCCAAGUCCCCCAGCCAGCCUGGCCAGGGUGGCCCCUGUGGGGCAGCGGCCGCAGCCACGGGCCACACUGCCCCCCUGACCGAGGCCCCCAAGUCUGUGACGUCCCUGUCUUCACGGUCCUCCCUUUCCUCCCUGUCCCCUCCUGGCUCCCCCUUGGUCUUGGAGGGCACGUUCCCCAUGUCUCCCCACGACGUCCCCCUCCAUCAGUUCAGUGCAGACUUUGAGGACUGCGAAUUGAGCAGCCAUUUUGCAGACAUCGGCCUGGGAGAAAAUCAGAUAUUGCUGGACUCGGAUUCCAGAGGAGCAGCGCGGUCUCUUCUGGGGGAUAAGGAGCUCGCCGACUGCGCUGGGGAGCUGCUGUACGAGGGGCCGGCAGAUGUGGAAAAAUCAUUACCAAAAAGAAGAGGGAUCCACUUGCUUGGGGAGAAAAGCGCUUCCGUGUCAGCUGCGGUAUCAGAUGAGUCUGUGGCCGGAGACAGCGGGGUCUACGAGGCUUUCGUGAAACAGCCCAGCGAAGUGGAAGACGUGACUUACAGCGAGGAGGAUGUCGCAGUGGUGGAGACGGCCCAGGUGCAGAUCGGACUCAGAUAUGACGCAAAAAGGGCCAGUUUCAUGGUGAUUAUAGCACAGCUUCGCAAUCUGCAUGCCUUCCUGAUACCUCACACUUCAAAAGUAUAUUUUAGGGUUGCCCUUCUUCCCUCCUCGACUGAUGUCAGCUGUCUGUUUCGAACAAAAGUCCAUCCAGCCACGGAGUCCAUGCUGUUCAAUGAUAUGUUCAGAGUGGCCAUCGCCCAAACAGCCUUGCAGCAGAAGACCCUGAGAGUGGACCUGUGCUCUGUUAGUAAACACCGAGGGGAGGAGUGCCUGGCUGGAACUCAGAUCAGCCUGGCAGAUUUACCAUUUUCCAAUGAGAUUUUCACUCUGUGGUAUAACCUACUUCCCUCAAAGCAAAUGUCUUGCAAAAAGAAUGAAGAAGAAACUGAGGAUUCUAUAUUUCAACCAAGCCAGCCACUAGUCGAUGCGAUAGACUUGGAUGCGGUGUCAGCCUUACUUGCAAGAACAUCAGCUGAGCUGUUGGCUGUGGAACAAGAAUUAGCACAAGAAGAAGAACCAGGGCAGGAGGAGGAGCAGAGGGGUCCGGAGGGAGACUGGUUAACAAUGCUAAGAGAGGCCUCUGAUGAAAUUGUGGCUGAGGAAGAGGCUGAAGUUAAAUUGCCUGAGGGCAGUCACUGCACGGAAGACUUAAGAUCAUGCCCGAGUGUGGCUGAGAUGAGUGAGGACGCGACCAGGAAAGAAAACAGCUGUGCCAGAGACCCGGGGGGUCAGCCCCCCGCUGUGAUACCCGCCCUGGUUGAUAAAGAGACAAACACCGACGAGGCGGGCAGCGCCAGUGUGGCAGUCCGCCCCAAAGACCGCAGCGGCCUGAGCGCCCGGCAGCGCGCCUUCGUGAGGAGCAGCGUGAUCGUGCGCUCGCAGACCUUCUCCCCCGGGGAGCGGAGCCAGUACGUCUGCAGGUUAAAUCGAAGUGACAGUGACAGUUCCACCCUGGCUAAAAAAUCACUGUUUGUGAGAAACUCCACCGAACGGCGAAGUUUGAGAGUCAAAAGGGCGGUGUGCCAGCCGGUCCUGAGGAGGACGGCGCCCGAGUGCCCGGUGCGGACGUCUCUGGACUUGGAGCUGGACCUGCAGGCCUCCCUGACCCGGCAGAGCCGCCUCAACGACGAGCUGCAGGCCCUGCGGGGCUUGAGGCAGAAGCUGGAGGACCUGAAAGCGCAGGGCGAGACCGACCUCCCGCCGGGCGUGCUGGAGGACGAGCGGUUCCAGAGGCUCCUGAGACAGGCCGAGAAGCAGGCCGAACAGUCGAAAGAAGAGCAGAAGCAAGACUUGAAUGCGGAGAAGCUGAUGAGACAGGUCUCCAAGGACGUGUGUCGGCUGCGGGAGCAGAGCCGCAAGGUGCCCCGGCAGGUGCAGUCCUUCAGGGAGAAGAUUGCCUACUUCACCAGAGCGAAGAUAAGCAUCCCGGCCCUGCCGGCUGAUGACGUGUGAUGACGUGUGAUGACGUGAUUCCGGCACCGGCGACUGCAUUUUCUCACCUCUGCAUUUCUUAGGGAGGGCAAAGACUGAACAUUUGGAGGUUUUGUUUUUUUGUAAUAUAACCAUCAACUCUUAAAGAGCUUUUAUUUCACGUCAGAUUUUCAAAAUGUUAAUUUGUAAAGUACCAUGAAUGUAAUUCUUAUAUGUUUAAAAAAAGAAAAAAAAAAUCAGAUAACCAAAACGGGCUAACCUGGUACACGAGUGCACAGUGUGUCGUAUGGCCAGUGGGCUUUGUUUUGUAAAAAUGGAGGAGCGGCCGUGCCCAUGUCUGUCCUCUUGAGCCGACGGCUGAGAGGGGACGUGGUUUCGCAGAACGCCUCUUGCUUUCCCUUUGCGCCCCGGUGCGCAGGCUCCCGGCGGCGGGGGCGUGAGCCCGGCGCGGAGCUGCGGGUCCACCCGAACGGCUGCUGCGCUCACUUCGCCACCUCUGUCUGAAUACUUCGCUUCCUUCAAACAGCUUCCUUUUUGUCCUUUUGUAUUUGUCUAAAGAAAGCAAAAGCAAAAUGCUGAGUGCGAGAACGUAGGAACGCAGAGGAGCAGCUCUCGUGGCUGCGCCGCGGGUCCUGCGGCCGUGACUCUGCGGGCAGGGAGCCGAAAGCAGGAAGCCAGCCAGCCAGCCUCGGAUACACCGACAGCCGCCCAUCAGCGAGCAGCUGCUGCUUCUCACUCAGCCGGAGUUUGCCUAAGUGUUCGCGUGUGAGCGCCUGGAUUGCACCAGUCUUGUUUUGUCCCGGGGUGCGAUGGUACCAAGGAGGAGGAGGUGGCCCGGUGUUCUGAGGCCCGACAGCGCCGAUGAUGGGGAGGGAAACACGGCAGCACGCACUUGGUGACACCAGGAAUGAGAGGGAGGGCAUCUUGAUUGAAUCAAGGUUGCCACGAAUUUUAGAAAUACUCCAGGAAACACAUUUCUAACAUUUUCCAGGAAUUAUUUUACAGCUCUCGUUUUUAGGGAAUCCUACCUAUAAUCUGGGGUAAGGAGUCGGGAGGCCAAGAGAAGAGAGUGCCUGGGGAGAUUAUUAAUUUGAAGUAUAAGCUGAGUCAUUUGGGAAAAAACAUGAACGUGUUCUAGAUGAACAAGUUUAAGGGUAGAAACUGACUACCGAGUCCUCCACUGGGGAAUUUCAGCUUCCCCAGCCCAGACACUUCUUAAAAGAAACAAACCCCCAGUGUAGCUCUGCCAGCAUAAAAGGCUUUUAAAAUAAACAGUUUUAUAUAAGUUAAAUCAUACUUAUCCUUCAGUCUGUAACACCGGGAGAGGCCGUUUUUGAUGAGCCAUCUUACAUAGCAAGUAAAAUCAAUUUUUUUUAAGAGAUGCAAAAAUCAUCUUAAAGGAAUGUGCCCCUCAAAAAAAAAAAAAAGAAAGAAACACAAGUUCUAUUCCUAAACUAGAGUCCUCAUUGGUAAGAAAUUUUAUUUUCUUGAAAGUAAUUAUACAUAUUUUAGAAAGUUCGUUUUAUCAGAAUCAAAAUUCAAAUUAACAAGUUUUGAGCUUAGAACUUCAAUUACUUUUUCCUAAGCGUCCCAGCAUUUAUAUAAAAUGUCUUAUAUAAAAUCUUUGAAGCAAUAACGUGGCACCACUCUGAACAAAAGCCAGCCUCAUUAGUUGACUGAGCACAGUCCUCCUGCGCCACCCAGCUCAUCCUGCUAGAUGGCUGAGGAGAACCAGGAGAGGUCAAGGUCAAAUGUGAAAAAGACGUUUAUUUAAUGUAGAGUUAAGUGAAGGUCAGCUGUUUUCAGCUUCUUAGUUUGACCAUGAAAAUGUUUAUAGAAUUAUGUGUAGUUGUACCGUACGAUUUUAUUUUCUUCAUUUAUUUAUUUACGGUCUUAUUUAUGUUCUGUUUAAUAUAUAGUUCGGUUCUGGCCAUCUUAAAUGUUUGACAUAGAAGAGGCUAUAUUGGAAUAUUUACAGCUUUAUAAAUUCCAUCAGAUUAGCUGUAAACUUUUUAUAAUACAAAGAGUUUCAGACAAGUGUUAAAGAAUAAAAUCUGUCUCAGGCUGGUAGUUAACCGUUGUGACCAAGAUGCUUUUGGUUUCAUUUUACAACAUUUGCUCAUUUCUAACAUGAGAGACGAAUUUAUUUUAAUAUAAUCCUUUUUCAUACUUUAAAAAUCAGCAAUAGUAUUAUGUAUUUAUAGGCAGCUUUUAACAAUCCCAUCAUAUUUGUACUAACCCAAUGAUUCACAGUGACAAAACAUUUUAAUAACUUGAUCACAAAACCAUAUGGACAACAUGACUUUUAAUACUAUAAAUACUAUUUUUUAAAGGUAGAAUUUAUUCUUCCCAGGGUAAAAAGAAUGUAAUAUUUAGUUCUCAAGUUUGAAUUAUCAGUAUAUUAUUAUCAUUUUGUAUAUCAGAAUGUUACAGGUACAAAAAAAAAGUUGCUAGCCAAAUGAACAAGUUUAGCUGAAUCUCUGUAGCAUGCAAAUCAAAUAAAUUUAAAAUCUUUUUUUUUUUGGUAUUACUUUAUCUAUAUUGUAUUAAACAUCAAAAGCUCAGGACUGAACUAAAUAUUUAAUCAGGUUAAAUUCUGGAUAUGUUUCUGUUUUAAUUUGUCUUGUUUGUAAAAGUAUGCAAAUACAUCACAUAGAUUAACUCUGGUUUCUGCACUUUUCAUGUGUUUGUGGGUGGGGAAAAAAAUUCUGUUUUUUUUUUAACAAAGAUAUCUAUUGCCUAAUA